UUGCAGGAGAUAAAAUCCAGACGUGCCGAUGUGCUGCAAGAGCUUGGCGUGCUCCAGAACAAUGUCUCGGUAGUGCUGGCUCUCAUGAACAACGAGGAGGUGAUGAAGAAGAUGGAGAACAUGCGCGACUCCAAAGCGCUUAAUAAUUACCUCACUCAAGAGUCAGAUUUCAGGGUGGAAAUGAUGGACAGCUUCGUGAAGCUGGCAAAGUAUCGCUACGAGUGCGGCAAUUACUCCGUUUCGACGUCGUAUUUAUACUUCUAUAUGCUGAUCAUGUCCCCUACCGAUAAGAACUACUUAAAUGUCCUGUGGGGAAAAUUGGCAUCGGAGAUUCUUGUACAGAAUUGGGAAACGGCACUGGAGGACGUGAACAAGCUACGAGAGUAUAUCGACAGUAAUGUCAUCGGGAAUUCGCUGCAAGUGUUACAGCAACGCACCUGGCUCAUUCAUUGGAGUUUAUUUGUGUUCUUUAAUCACGUGAAGGGAAGGGAUCUCAUUAUCGAGAUGUUCCUCUAUCGGCCGCAUUAUUUAAAUGCUAUUCAAACAAUGUGUCCGCAUAUACUUCGUUACUUGGCUGCGGCAGUUAUCGUUAAUCGUUCCAGGCGGUCUAUUCUGAAGGAUCUCGUGAAAGUGAUACAACAGGAAUCUUAUACCUAUCGAGAUCCCAUCACAGAGUUUCUCGAACAUUUGUAUGUUAAUUUCGACUUCGAUGGAGCUCGGCAGAAGCUGCAAGAGUGCCAGACCGUCGUCUUCAAUGACUUCUUCUUAAUCGCCCUGCUGAAUGAAUUCGUAGAGAAUGCACGGUUGAUGAUUUUCGAAACGUUCUGCAGAAUUCAUCAAUGCAUCAGCAUCCAGAUGCUUGCGGAGAAAUUAAAUAUGAAGGCAGAUGUUGCGGAAUGCUGGAUUGUGAAUUUAAUUCGUAAUGCACGUUUGGACGCUAAAAUCGACAGCAAGUUGGGACAUGUUGUAAUGGGAGGACAGCCGGCAUCCCCGUAUCAACAAUUGGUUGAGAAGAUAGAGACUCUGAGUGUACGAAGCGAGGCACUAGAGAAUCUGAUUGAGAGAAAGCUAAAAGCGAAAAAUCAAGACCCAUACCACUCGUGGAAUUUGGAUUUGUGACAACUCGAUGCAACGUGGAGAAGUAAUACCCAAAAGAGAUAUUCCACCUCCGAUUAUUAACACUGAUCAGGCUUGACGCAAUGUAUCUUCUAAAUUUAAAGAAAUAAUGAACAUUGCAUUGUGACAUCGUGAAACCAAAUGUAUUCGCUGGUACUGUCAAUAUCUUGACAUUGUCAAGUAAUCUAUACUAUAACAAGUAAUGAGCAAAUAAUAACAUUUUAUUAAAAAAAA